GUCGAACGUCUGCGGUGGUCAUGCGCGUAUAUGCGAUUUCAAGUUGACGCUACGCCGUGCGACGCUCGUGAGCGCGUUUGCCCGUCGAACGGUCACGGCGAAACCCGGACGGAUUCAGAGCGAAAGCGCAUUCGCGCCCGGCUUCGUCGUUCUCCUCGGCAGGACUGUGAUCGCGAAGCUGGCGAGGAAGGUGCACCGAGUCGAUAGGGUGUGCUCUACAGCAACGAGACGUCCUGCCGAACUCCAGCGAGUGUCUCGACGGUUGUGUGUAUCGUGUUCGCCAGGCGUUGCCAGGUGUUACCAGGUGAACGUGCAACCGUUCACGCCGCGUUACUUAGUUGCACUCACUUAUCUGUCUACAACGGGAAUCCGUCGUGCACAGGAACAGCCAGGGAAUCCCGUGUCAGCGUUGGAAUUCUGUCUGGAUCUUCCUCGCGGACUCAACCGCUUGAACUUCAGCGGAGACGCGAACACCGACGACGUUGACGACGACGAUCGAGUGCAGUUGAUUACGAGAGUGACCGCGAAGUUAGCCGCGAGUGAACUUGAAGUUGAUCGCGGGUCAAAUCGCGUCGACGUUCGCGAGUGAUCUCAAGUGAUCUCGCGCUAAGUGACCGCCCGUUCGGUGAUCGAGCGAGGAUCGCCGCGGAGAGACGGGGAAGUAGAGGAAGAAGGAGAACGAGAAGGAAAAAGACCGAGGAAACGGAGCCGGUCCGCCGGACGAUCUCCGUCUCAAUCGAUCGAUAGAUCCCCGUUCCCCGGCAUUUCCGCGAAUCCUCGCUGCGCGCGUCGAAGCGCGGAGAACACGCGACGACAACACAGAGACGCGCGUCGCGUGCGCUUCUGCAGUCACGACGGAUGAGGAUGCGCGCGUCGGCCAGGGAGCGGAUUCGGAGCGAUUUUUGAAGCAUCAACGAAGGGGAAAACCAGGGAAAGAGCGCAAAGUGUCAGAUCGCGCGAAAGCCGCGGGUACGAGACCGAGGCGAAAGGGAGGAGUCGAGUCGCGGCAGGCAAGGAAGAGAGAGAGAGAGAGAGAGAGGGAGAGACAGAGGCCGGUAAAGAGAAAAAGAGAGUUGCAUCGCGGAAUGCACAGAGUCACGCGAGUGUUACGUGCGGGAUGAAGACGCGCGAAUCGCCGCGAUCGUAGAGCUCUCCGCGCAGAGCUCCUGCGUGGUUUCCUUGACGUACGUAGGAACGAGCGGAGAGGAAGUGGCCAGUGACGAAGGAGAGUCGGCGACGGGUGAGACGGGGAGGAGUGGUCAACGUUGCAGCGGCGAGGCGGAGAGGAUGGUGCGGUCGGCGGCCUCCGCGAGGACGCGGAGCUUUCUCGCCGGAGCUUGGCUCGUCGUAUGGACCGCCGUCAUCAGCAGUGCCUUCACUAGCGAACCGCUUCUGGAGCCGCGCUUCAUCAUCCAGCCGUCCAACAGCGGCAAUAUACUCAGUGAGAAUCGCACCAAGAUCCUGCAAUGCCAAGCGCGAGGCAAUCCACAACCAAAAUACACUUGGUUCAAAGACUGGCAGGCAGUCAGUCGGCCCAAUAUCGCGCCAGGAUCUUUCCGGAUCCAAAGUACGCGACGAAAGGACACCGGCGUUUAUCAUUGUGUCGCCACUAACGACGUCGGCUCGAUAUUCAGCGAUCGUAUAGCCUUCUCUGUAGCUUAUAUGGGAAAAUUCGACGACCUCACGGAUAGGGUGGUGACGGUCGAGUAUGGUAACGCUGCGGUGCUGGAACUACCACCGAUCGAGAGUAAUCCCAGCCCUGGGGUAUCGUGGUUCUCUUCAGACGGGACGGAGUUGUAUGGCAGAAAGUACGCUACGACGGACCACAAGCUCUUCAUAUUGGACGCCAUGAAGAGCGAUGAGGGUUCCUACAGAGCGAGAGCUUUCAAUACGCAACUGGGCAAGGAGGAGAACAGUCCCUUCUUCAAGCUGCAGGUCACCGGCGAUCCAAACGCUGAAGUGGCCCCGAGCAUAAUCGUGAAACCUCAGGACACGCUGAUAAUCAAGGAUCAGAACGCCGCACACAUGUAUUGCAUAGCGAAUGCAAGAGCGCUGCACGAACUGCGGAUUUUGUGGAUGAAGGACGGCAUACCGAUCGAGAACUCCCGAGUGGCGUACAGUUUCAACGACUCGUGGAACAGAACGCUCAUGUUGAUUUCCGCAAACAUGACUUACACGGGAACGUAUUCCUGCCACGUGGACUUGAAGAGCGGUGGUUAUCCGACUUUGAGUGCGAGCGCCGAGGUUACUGUAUACGAAAAACCGACGUUCAACACGGAACUGAAGAAAGAGACUCUGAGCGAUUACGGAUCUACAGUUACGUUAUCAUGCGACGUUGAUGGUACGCCGGUUCCGAAGAUUACUUGGUUCCGCAAUGCCGAGUCAGUCGGGAAUUUGAAAGAAAGCAGGUAUGUGAUAGAGCAGGACGGUUCGCUGACGAUCAAGAAAUUGACUAUGGAUGACUCGGGGAUGUUUCAGUGCCUCGCGUCGAACGAGGCCGGCGAAGCGUCCAGUUACACGUGGUUGAGAGCGAAAAAAGGAUUAGGGAGCGGAUUGAAAGACAGAGUUGCCCGCCGGGCAGCUGGGUACAAUAUAGUCAGAGUUCGCCAGUCUGACCGCCGUUUUAUGUUCUCUCAAUAUCCAGACACGUCCAAGCCGAUAAUGGAGAACGGGCCGCAAAAUCUGACAGUGCUGGACGGCAAGGACGCGACUCUAAGUUGCAACGCGGUAGCGGCGCCGAAACCGAAUACCACCUGGUACUAUAACGACACGAUACUCGUGGAGAUCGCCGGCAGGGUGCAGGUCUUGGAUAAUGGUGACCUUCUGAUCGCAGCGGUGAAGCCGAACGACGCGGGCAAGUACACCUGCAUCCGCGCGAACGAGGCCGGCUCUGUUAACGGAUCGGGACUCCUUACCGUCAUGGUUCGAACGCGAAUCGUUCAGCCACCUGUUGACACGUCUGUGCUACUCGGGCAGACCGCUAAAUUGCAAUGCAGUGUCGUGAACGAUCCCAGCGUCGUGUACGACAUGGCGUGGUUUCACAAUGCGCAAGUGAUAAACACGCAGGCGAGCCAGAGAGUGAAGAUGCGGCACGACGGCACUCUGGAGAUCGUCGCGGUGCGAGCCUCUGAUGUGGGCGAGUACAUGUGCUCCGUAGUGUCACCCGGCGGCAAUGAGACCCGCUCCGCUCGUCUCAGCGUGAUCGAACUGCCAUUCGCGCCAAUCAAUGUCGUGGCCACGCGAGUCGAACGGAUCUCGCCGCGCACGAUCAACGUCACCUGGGUGCCCGGCUUCGACGGUAACAGCCCCACGAAGAAAUUCACCGUCGAGAAGCGGGAAGUGUCUGACUCGGCGCCCAUAUCCGAUUCAUUGGUGAACUGGGACAUUGUGUGCAACAACGUGUCUGCGGACACCCGAUGGGUGUUGCUGAGUAAUCUGAAAGCCGCGGCGGCCUAUCAAUUUCGCGUUUACGCGGAGAACAGCGUCGGUAAGGGUAUGUCGUCGGAGCCGAGCAACAUCGUCGUCUUGCCGCAAGAACCGCCGAGCGGCCCGCCCGUCGGCUUCGUCGGCUCGGCGCGUUCGUCGUCCGAAAUAAUAACGCAAUGGCAACUACCAUUGGAGGAGUACCGGAACGGUCAUAUUCUGGGGUAUAUAUUGAGGUACAGGCUGUUUGGAUACAGCGUCAACCCCUGGAUGACGCAGAAUAUCACCAACGAAGCCCAGAGAAAUUAUCUCAUCACCGAUCUGAUCACAUGGAAGGAUUAUGAGGUGCAGAUAGCGGCGUACAACGACAAGGGAGUGGGCGUGUUUACCGACGGCUUGAAGAUAAAAACGAAAGAAGGAGUUCCGGAAGCACCCCCGACAAACGUGAAAGCGGAAGCAGUGAAUUCAACAGCAGUGAAAGUCUGGUGGAAGCCUCCCAAUCCUCAAAAGAUCAACGGUAUAAAUCAAGGAUACAAACUGCAGGCCUGGAUCGGCAAUGUCCUGACGGAAGCAACAGAGUACAAGUCGAUGACCGUACCGCCAAGCCUGUUCGAUCCGCUCGCGGAGCAGAGCGCUGUUAUGACAGGCUUGAGAAAGUACACUUCGUACAAUAUCACAGUGUUGUGCUUCACCGAUCCGGGUGACGGCGAAAGAAGCCUGCCCGUCGAGGUUCGCACUCGCGAAGACGUGCCUGAAGAAGUAGAGAAUCUGCAAUUCGAUGACAUCAGCGACCGCGCAUUGACGGUCAAGUGGGGUCCACCUAAAGAAACCAACGGGAUACUCACGCACUACCAGCUCAAGUAUAUGAUCAAGGAAAUCCCGGAUUCCUUGCAGGUGAAGAACUUCACGGCCGAUGUAUUAUCUACCAAGGUGGAGCACCUGCAAGCAAUGACCCAUUAUAAAUUCGAAGUAGCCGCGUGGACGUCAGUCGGGCCUGGAAAGGCAAAAGUCGCGGUCAUCCAGUCGGGUAUAGAGCCAGUGCUGCCGGAACCACCGACGAAAUUGGCAUUGUCCAACAUUGACGCGUUCUCCGUUGUACUGCAGUUCACACCCGGCUUCGACGGCAACUCGUCCAUCACGAAGUGGACGGUUCAGGCGCAAACGGCACGAAAUUCGACGUGGUACAACAUCUACGAAGUGUCGGACCCCGAUGCGUGUACCGUCACCGUCGACGGACUCACUCCCUUCACGCAGUACAAACUUCGUCUGAUCGCGAACAAUGUGGUCGGCGCGUCGCAGCCGUCCGAGCCGACGAAGGAGUUUCAGACAAUUCAGGCACCACCGUCCCACCCGCCGAAGAACGUCACGGUGCGCGCAAUGAGCGCUACCGAGUUGCGCGUCAGGUGGAUCCCGCUACAGCAGGUGGAAUGGUACGGUAAUCCGCGUGGCUACAACGUCACGUACAAGGAGGUGCGGACGAACCUGUCCAAGAGCAUCACUAUCGAGGACCACACAGCGAACUCGUACGUCUUAGAGAAUAUGGAGGAAUUCGCCGAUUAUGAGAUUGUGAUGCAAGCCUUCAACGACGUCGGCUCUUCGACGACGAGUCCCAAAGCCGUGGAACGAACUCGCGAAUCGGUUCCUUCCCUUGGGCCGGCUAAUGUAGAAGCAAACGCGACGUCGUCCACGACCAUCGUGGUGCGUUGGGGCGACGUGCCUGUGGAACACCAGAACGGACAGAUCGACGGGUUCAAGGUCUAUUACGGAGCGAAUUCUAGAUCGCCGUUUCAGUACAAGAAUAUCCCCAGCAACACUACCUUCACCACCACCUUGACCGAGUUGCGAAAAUUCGUUCAGUAUCAUGUGCAGGUCCUAGCCUACACGAGACUCGGUGACGGGGCUCUCAGCGUCCCGCCCGUGAGAGUCCAGACUUUCGAGGACGCUCCCGGCCCACCGUCCAACGUAUCUUUCCCCGACGUGAGUUUCACCACCGCUCGCAUCAUCUGGGACACACCGGAGGAUCCCAACGGCGAGAUCUUCGCGUAUAAGGUCGUGUUUCACUUGAACAGCAAUCAAGACCGCCAGUUCUCGAAGGAGUUCCCCGCGUCGGACAGAACGUUCACUGCCACCGGUCUCGAGCCGGAGAAGUAUUACAUGUUUUCCGUAACGGCACAGACGAGACUCGGUUGGGGCAAGACUGCGUACGCACUCGUGUUCACCACGAACAACCGGGAACGUCCGCAAGCGCCGUCGAUGCCGCAGGUGAGCAAGUCGCAGGUCCAGAGUCGCCAGAUCACGUUCAGCUGGACGCCAGGCAGAGACGGUUUCGCACCGUUGAGGUAUUAUACGGUGCAACAGUCCGAAAACUCGGGGCCAUUCCAAACCAUCCCCGAGAGAGUGGAGCCUACCUUAACGUCCUACACAGCUAACAAUCUCAAGCCCUACACGCUCUAUCAGUUUCGUAUUCAAGCCACCAACGAUAUAGGCCCGUCCGAGUGGAGCACCGAGACCGACCAGGUGCAGACUCUGCCGGCAGCACCGUCUAAAGGUGUCACCGGUCUGAAAGUGGUGCCGAUUACGACAUCCAGCGUCGAGGUCCACUGGAACAUGAUCGACCAGAUGUACUGGAGCGGCGAUCACGAGACAGGUGGUUAUCGUGUCGUUUAUCAGCCGGUCUCGGACUUCCCGACGGCGCUCCAAACCACAUCGAAAGAAGAGAUUCUAGGAAUCAAGAAGACCAAGAUGGUCCUCAGCGAUUUAACAAAAGAUAGAUAUUACGAGAUCAUAGUGCUGCCUUUUAACUCGGAAGGCGAAGGUCCACUGAGUCCGCCGGUCACCGUGUAUGUAGGCGAGGCGGUUCCCACAGGAGAGCCUCAGCAUCUGAAAGCCGACCCCAUCUCUUCCACGGAGGUCCACCUGCGGUGGAAGCCGCCCCAAGCUAACAUGCAGAACGGGGACUUAUUGGGAUACAAGAUUUUCUACCUGGUAACCGAUUCACCUCAGCAGUUGGAGAAGAAACAGGAGGAGGAGAUCGAGGUUGUCCCGGCAUCCUGUCUAGCGCACAGUUUAGUUUUCCUCGACAAGUACACGGAAUACCGUAUACAAGUCUUGGCGUUUAACCCGGCCGGAGACGGCCCACGGUCACGGCCGAUCACCGUGAGGACGAAACAGGACAUCCCCGGGCCGCCGUAUAAUCUGCAGUUCACGGAGAUCACCAUGACGAGCUUGCGCGUAUCCUGGGAGCCGCCCAAGUUGCGCAACGGCGAGAUUAUCGGCUACAUCGUCACGUAUGAGACGGCGGAGCAAAAUGAUCGUUUCAGCAAGCAAGUGAAGCAGAAGGUGAACGAGACGAGUCUGCUGAUCCAGCCGUUGGAGGAGGAAGUGACGUACACGUUCACGGUACGCGCGCAAACGAUCGACUUUGGGCCGCCGAUAUCUGGGAACGUCACGACUGGUCCGCAGAAAGGCUCGCCGAUGGCACCUAGCAAACUUAGCGUCAGCAAGACCGUCUCCAGCGUGGAACUGCAGUGGACGAACGGGGCGUCCGGGAAGGGUCCUAUAUUGGGCUAUUACAUCGAGACGCGUCGCAAAGAUGACUCGCGUUGGCAGACGAUAGUCCGCAGCAGCAAUGGGCCGCUGAUGGAGUACACUGUGUCUUAUCAAAACUUACUGCCGUCCACGUCGUACCUAUUUAGAGUGAUAUCGUACAAUCGUUACGGAAUCAGUUACCCGGCAUAUUCCACCGAAACGAUUUUAACGCCGUCGAAAUUGUACCUGGAAUAUGCAUACCUGCAACAUAGGCCGUUUUACAGGCAAACCUGGUUCAUGGUUACUUUAGCCGCCACGUCAAUUAUAAUCAUCAUCACGGUAAUAGCGGUGUUGUGUGUGAAGAGCAAAAGCUACAAGUACAAACAAAAGGCACAGAAGACUCUCGAGGAAUCGAUGGCGAUGGACGGGGACGAUAGACAGGAGUCGGACCUGGAGCUGUACAGAUCGCGUCAGGGUGGCAGCUGUGCUGUCAACAUGAGCAGCGGCACUCUAGGCAAGAGAAGCACGUUGGCUCGCAAAGCUAUUCCGCCGCCUCCCGCGAUGCUGGGAAAAUCACCGCCCAGGCCAUCUCCUGCGUCUGUCGCCUACCACAGUGACGAGGAGAGUCUCAAAGGAUACGACGAGAAUCCCGAUGACAGCAGCGUCACGGAGAAACCCUCCGAAAUUAGUUCCACCGACUCUCAGGGUUCCGAAAGCGAGAACGAGAGUGUACAGUCCGAUCCACAUUCCUUUGUGAAUCAUUACGCGAACGUGAACGACUCGUUGCGGCAGUCGUGGAAGCGGCAGAAACCUGUCCGGAAUUACUCGUCGUACACCGAUUCCGAGCCAGAAGGCAGCGCGGUCGUCAGUCUGAACGGUGGCCAGAUUAUUAUGAACAAUAUGGCGAGAUCAAGAGCGCCGCUGCCUGGCUUCUCGUCGUUUGUGUAAUUAAACGAGUUAUUAACAGUUAAUUAUUAAGAUAAGAAGAAACACUUUUUUUUUUUAGUGGAAAGUUUUAUAGAACUUCUCAGCGAGGGUCUUCUCUCUAUUUCUCCCUCGAUCUGUCAAUAUCAAAACUAUCGCCUCGACGAUCUCACUUCGAGUGGCAGUGUAUUUUUUUUCCAUAUAUGA